AAACACAUACUGAGAGAGGCUGCCUGCGCUUCUCACUACACACACUCAGAGAAACCUGUAUGUGAAAGACAGAUAGAGUUCGAGAGGGACAGAGAGAGAGUGACACGACAGAGAGUGUGUGUGUGAGUGAGAGAACGAACGCUACUAGUUGGGAAAGAAGGUAUAGAGAGACAGGGGAGACGACUAACGGUUGCCUAAAGCAGCAUCAGAAGACUCGGUGACGGUCUCUCUCUGGCUCCACCGGGCUCCCGCGCGCUCUGCUGCAAGAACUAACUGCAAAACGGAUUUAAUUUUGUAAUUUUUUUAAAAUUUAUUUUUCUCUUCGUCUGCUUCUUGAAUAACACUUUAUUUUACAAUCUUGAGAAAGAUUUAAGCAGGUAUAAUCCGUUUUUUUUUUCGGAAUAGAGGGAGAGGGGUUAUUCUGGGAAGGUUUUCCUCUACUUUCCAUUUCUUGUAACUUUUUUUAAAAGAAAAGCCCCAGUUUAUUUUCAGAAUACUUUCCGAGACUCGCUCACUGUUUCCACGUGUGCUCUGAGAGCGGGACAAAUACUUGUCAAACGGAUCUUUUUUUUUAUCCCGUAUUGUUAUAUUUUCUCAUUUAGGGAAAUUGACCUACAAAAAUCAAACCAAAAAUGAGAUUUCAAACGUUAAUUCAUCAGUUUCCACUCUCGAUGAAUGCUUUCCUUCAUUAAAGUUAUUGAAGGUGACGUUUUUUAAAAGGACUUCGUAACAUAUUUCUUUACACACUGAUUGAUAACCUUGGAACUGCGAGAGGGGAGAGAGUUCAGCGCGUCAUCUCCAUUGAAUUGUUAUCUAUUUCAACGACAACAAAAACUAGCAUUUUUAUAGUUAUUUAUUUCAUAAUCAAUCAAUUACAAUCAAUCAAGUCAUUUUUAUCGAUAACCAUCGAUAUAUUGAUUGAUCAUCCUCAGAGCAUUUCCAAUUCCUUAUAACUCAACUUCCCUCACCCUGCACGGUGGUGAGAUCAGUGAUUUCCUCCUCCCCUCCACCACCACCACCACCAUCACCCAGACACCGACCCUUCCUCGCCAUGCUAUUCGAUAACUUUGACCUGGUUUCAGCCUUGGCCACCCUAGCGGCCUGCGCGGUGUCCAUGGUCCUCCUCCUAGUUGUGUCCCAGCAACUCUGGCAGCUCCGAUGGACGUCGACCCGGGAUAAGAACUGCAAGCUGCCGAUGCCUAAAGGUUCCAUGGGGUUCCCCAUCAUAGGAGAAACCUGCCACUGGCUCGUCCAGGGGUCGGCGUUCCACGCAUCGCGGAGGCAAAAGUACGGCAACGUCUUCAAGACCCACCUUUUGGGACGCCCCCUGAUCCGGGUCACCGGUGCGGAGAACGUCCGGAAGGUUCUAAUGGGAGAACACACGUUGGUCAGCGUGGACUGGCCUCAGAGCACCUCGACCCUACUGGGACCCAACUCACUGGCUAACUCUAUAGGAGAUAUACACCGCAAGAGACGAAAGGUCUUUUCCAAGGUGUUCAGUCAUGAGGCUCUGCAGUCCUACCUCCCUAAGAUCCAGCAGGUGAUCCAGGAGUCACUGAGGCUGUGGAGCUCCAACCCAGAACCCAUCAAUGUCUACAGGGAAUCCCAGAGGCUGUCGUUCCACAUGGCAGUGAGGGUACUGCUGGGGUUCAGAGUAGCAGACGAGGAGAUGAGACAUCUGUUCAACACCUUCCAGGAGUUUAUAGACAACAUCUUCACCUUACCCAUAGACCUGCCUUUCAGUGGAUACAGGAAGGGUAUCCGUGCCAGGGACACACUGCAUAAAGGAAUAGAAAAAGCCAUCAGGGAGAAACCCCUCUCUUCCCAGGGGAAGGAUUAUAGCGACGCACUUGAUAUCUUGCUGGAGAGCGCAAAAGAGAACGGCACUGAACUCACAAUGCAGGAACUCAAGGAGGCGACCAUUGAGCUGAUCUUCGCAGCGUUUGCCACCACGGCCAGUGCCUCCACCUCUCUCAUCAUGCAGCUCCUACGCCACCCUGCCGUGUUGGAGAAGUUACGAGAGGAGCUCCGGACCAGGGGGAUCCUCCACAACGGCUGUCUGUGCGAGGGGGAACUGGGUCUGGACACCAUCGUUAGUCUGAAGUAUCUGGACUGUGUGAUUAAGGAGGUGCUGAGGCUCUUCACGCCCGUGUCUGGGGGUUAUAGGACGGCCCUGCAGACCUUUGAACUAGACGGGGUACAGAUCCCAAAGGGUUGGAGUGUGAUGUACAGCAUCAGAGACACACACGACACCUCCUCCGUCUUCAAGGACGUGGACGCCUUCGACCCCGACCGCUUCUCCCAGGAACGCAGCGAAGACAAGGAGGGACGCUUCCACUACCUCCCGUUCGGCGGCGGCAUCCGCUCCUGUCUCGGGAAACAGCUCGCCACUCUCUUCCUCCGUAUACUGGCCAUCGAGCUAGCCAGCACCAGCCGGUUUGAGCUGGCCACCCGGAAUUUUCCUAGAGUGGUGACGGUGCCGGUGGUUCACCCGGUGGACGGGUUGAAGGUGAAGUUCUACGGUCUGGAUUCUAACCAGAACGAGAUUCCGUCAGAUCUACUAGCCGACAUCAAAACGGAAGAGCUGCUGGGAGCCGCGGUGUAGAUCGUUGAUUUGGAUUGGACGAAGCACGGGUGAAGGAGGAAGGGAGGGAUGGAAUAGAGGGAGGAGAAAUGAGAGAGAGGAGGAGGAUGGAUGGAGGACAUGGCAGAGAGAAUAAAAGGAGGAUGGGAGGUCAGGACUGAUCUAGCAUCCUUCCCCCCCCCCCCAUUUUGCUGAUGUCUUGGAAUGUUGGAUGUCUCCGUUGAACUUUAAAAAGAAACAUUCUGAAUUCCGAUUCCUUCUCUUUUGUCGUGUUAUUGUUAGGUCAUUGGAACUUUCUGGGAGACUAAGAAGAAGAACAGAAGGUGCCAAAAAAAAGUGUAUAAUCUCUAUUCCGUUUGUUUUCCAAGAAAUAUACAAAACUAUGUAUAAAAUGAAAAGUAAUGUAAUAUAAUGAAUGAAUAAAAAAACAGAAGAUUUAAUGUUGAGAGAAGUUAUGCACAAUUAGGAAACAGAUUCUUACGGGGAGUGUAUUUGGAUUAGAGGGAUGGAUGGAGGUAGGGAAGAAUGAACGACAUAAUGGGAUAAAACAGGGUAUAAUGAUUUAAGAAGCUUAGGGAUAACAGACAGGAGAAUCAACACAGGAGAGAGAGAGAGAGAGACUCUUAAAGUGAAUGAAGCAUCCAGAGCUAGAGAGAGAAGGGUCAGAGGUGGGUUCAUACACACUUGUAUAUAUCAAGGUGCUCCAAAUCCAGUCCUGGCAAGUGGUAAGGUUUUACAGGCUUUUCUUCUGGCUCUAACACACAUCUCUCAAACAAUCUAUCAACCUAUCAACUAUCACGAUUACUUAAGUGAGGCGUUUUUACCCGGAAAAUGGACUAUAAUUCUCCAAGAUGGGGUUGAAGCAGAGACCCCCUGCUAUAAAGGACUUCAGGGAGAAUGUGAAAGAGAGACUCAAAACCUGGAAAGGACUUUAGGAUUGUGUGUUAAUAGCUCAGGUGUGGAAGGGGAUCUUUCAUUGGACGUAUUUUCAUAUCUUCAUUUUUUUUUUUUUUUACUCAACCUGCACAUAAGUGACGAUCAGUCGUUCCCAUAUCAUCCCCCUUCCCCUUCAAACCCUCGAAUCUGUGCUAUGAUGUCAUCGGACGAUGUGUCCGUGUGUCCGUCGCUUGGCCUGAUAUCUGCCUCUUUGCUUGACUGGAUGUGUUACGGAUAUAAAGGAGAAGCAUUUUUCUAAAGCUAUCAGAAUCGUCUAAGCUGGAGGAAGAAUGAUAGAGAGAAAGAGAAGGGGAGAUAAAGAAAGAGAAGACGACAGGGAGAGAUAAAGAGAGAGGGGAAGAGAGGGAGAGAUAGAGGAGGAGAGGAGACCUAUAUACUUGCUGCUUGAGAGUUGCUUUGUUUUUGUUUUGUAUUUCAGUUGGAGCAGAGUGUUGUUGUACUCUGUGGGACGUGAAGGUGACAUUUUGACUAGCUGCUCCUCUUUAUCAACACAAAAAUGCAAAAUUGAUUUAAAGAAAAAUCUAAACUUUAUUAGCUAAUGAGAUUUAACAACGUGAGACGAUUGCACAAUCAGAAUCAUUUUUGGAACUUAUUACUAACCCCAACACCAGGAAAUGUCCAUCAUGGAUACGGAGAGAAAAUACUUCCAAAACAAAACUACUUCCUUUAUAACUCGUCAAAAGAACACUUAGAACUUAAUGAACAUUCCGGAACUCACAAGCAUUCUGGAACUCACAAGCAUUCUGGAACUCACAAGCAUUCUGGAACUCACAAGCAUUCUGGAACUCACAAGCAUUCUGGAACUCACAAGCAUUCUGGAACUCACAAACAUUCUGGAACUCACAAACAUUUUUGGAAUUCACAAACAUUCCGGAACAUUCUGGAACAUUCUGAAACAAAAUCCCGGAAUCCUUGGACAGUUGGGAGUUUUAUCUGGAGGGAGCUAGGACCCAGGGACUGUUGGGAAAAGCUUCUAUAAAUGAUAUUCUACUACCGUCUUCUACAGAUAUAUAUUCUGGGACCAACUACAUCACUGAUUGUCUACACAUACUAUAAGUACAGUGAGCCGCUUGUGUGUUUCUAAAUGACAGUUAUAGAAGUGCUAUCAUAUAUAGAUUGCAAGUGAGAUUUCUCGUUUUUUUAUUGUAUUUUAAAAUUGUAUUUAGCAAAUAUUUGUAUUUUGUGAAAAGCAAAGAGGGAGUUCUGUUUAUUCUGAUUCUUGUGUUUAGUAAGUAAGCCAUGAGUUAACACCUGUUCUAUCUAAUACCCUAAUAUUAUUAUUAUUGACUAUUAAUAUUUCUUAUUGUAAUAAAAUAUUAUUUUAAGUUGCCAUUUUUUAUUAUAUUUCCAGAGUUUUAGUAUAAAUGUCAAAAGUCUGUUUGUUGGUAAAUAUCUUUAUAUUUAGUACGAUAUGAAUUAUUUCAGUAUUUCUGUUUGUUGGUAAAUAUCUUUAUAUUUAGUACGAUAUGAAUUAUUUCAGUUAUAUUGUAAAACAGCGUUGAAUAUGUUAAUAUUGUUUAUUGUAAUAAUUAUUAUUAUCACCACAUUCAUUUAUUAUUAAUAUUAAGAAGACAAUUAGGUUCAGUAUUGAAGUGUCACAUCACACUUCAUUGGUUAUUUUCUCUGCUGUGUCCCAUUUGACACCCUAUUCCCUAUACAGUGCACUACUUUUGAUCAGAGUCCUAUGGUAAGUAGUGAACUAAUUAGGGACUAGGGUGUCAUUUGGGAUGCAAGUCUAUCGCUGUCUGUCUGUCUGUCUGUCUGUCUGUCUGUCUGUCUGUCUGUCUGUCUGUCUGUCUGUCUGUCUGUCUGUCUGUCUGUCUGUCUGUCUGUCUGUACAUAAUGUGUAUUUCAUUUUACAGACCCCAACAAUUCACUUAGUUCAAAUAUGAAUGUUUUUCAACUGUGAUUCUUAAAUGUACUCCUGUAAUAAAAUAUAAUGUGAAAAUUAA